GGGCAGUCUGCGCGCAUGCGUGAGGAAGCCGGCGCUCAGUUGCGCGGCGAGCCGAGGAGAAAGCGGUGCGCUGAGCGCUGCUGCGCGACGGCGGAGAUGAAUGUUCUAGAUUCAAGAGAAACUGGAAUGAUCUGGCUACUUACCAAAACUCACUGAAGCAAACCCUUGUGACAUCUCCAGACGCUUACCCAUUGCAGGCAGAAAGGGUAUGGCAUGGCAAAGAGUUUAGCAGAAAAUCUGCUGAGAGGGGGCUGGAGGAUUUAGCUGCUCUUUGCUCUCUCCUGGUAGCCCAGGGCCCUCCUCCCGGGUGGGCCCUCCUCCCGGGUACGCCCUGCAAUAUGGACUCCGAGGGGUACAACUGCUUUGUGGACAGAGACAAGAUGAACACUGCCAUCCAGGACCUGGGACCCAAGGAACUGAGCUGCACAGAGCUGCAAGACCUGAAGCAGCUGGCACGCCAAGGUUAUUGGGCCCACAGCCACGCUCUGCGAGGGAAGGUGUACCAGCGCCUGAUCCGGGACAUCCCUUGCCGCACUGUCACGCCUGAUGCUAGUGUGUACAGUGACAUCGUGGGCAAGAUCGUGGGUAAGCACAGCAGCAGCAGCCUGCCCUUGCCUGAGUUUGUGGACAACACGCAGGUGCCCAGCUACUGCCUGAACACACGGGGUGAGGAUGCUGUUCGGAAGAUUCUGCUGUGCAUUGCCAACCAGUUCCCUGACAUCUCCUUCUGCCCCGCCCUGCCUGCAGUUGUAGCCCUGCUGCUGCACUACAGCAUUGAUGAGGCUGAGUGCUUUGAAAAGGCCUGCCGCAUCUUGGCCUGCAACGACCCCAGCAAGAAGCUGAUUGACCAGAGCUUUCUGGCCUUUGAGUCUUCCUGCAUGACAUUUGGGGACCUGGUGAACAAGUACUGCCAGGCAGCUCACAAGCUGAUGGUGGCCGUGUCGGAGGAUGUCCUACAGGUCUACGCAGACUGGCAGCGCUGGCUAUUUGGGGAACUGCCCCUCAACUACUUUGCUCGUGUCUUUGAUGUCUUUCUGGUGGAAGGUUACAAAGUGUUGUACCGCGUUGCACUGGCAAUCCUGAAGUUCUUUCACAAGGUGAGAGCUGGGCAGCCGUUUGAGUCAGAUAACGUGAAGCAAGACAUCCGUACCUUCGUCAAGGACAUUGCCAAGACAGUGUCUCCUGAAAAGCUGCUGGAGAAAGCAUUUGCCAUCCGCCUCUUCUCUCGGAAGGAGAUUCAGCUCCUGCAGAUGGCCAAUGAGAAAGCUCUGAAGCAGAAGGGCAUCACUGUCAAACAGAAGAGUGUUUCACUUUCUAAAAGGCAAUUUGUGCACCUGGCUGUACAUGCGGAAAACUUCCACUCAGAGAUUGUCAGUGUGAAGGAGAUGAGAGACAUCUGGUCAUGGAUCCCUGAGCGAUUCGCCCUCUGUCAGCCCCUCCUGCUCUUCUCCUCACUGCAGCACGGGUACAGCCUGAGCAGGUUGUAUUUCCAGUGUGAAGGACACGAGCCCACCCUCCUGCUCAUUAAGACCACACAAAAGGAGGUGAGCAGGAACCAGAGGGAACCUGGGGUCCUGGCCUCUGAGUUCUGGGGAGUCUGCUGCUCCUGUGCCCCAGGAAGGGUGUGUGGAGCGUACCUGUCAACAGACUGGAGUGAGAGAAAUAAGUUUGGAGGCAAACUGGGCUUCUUUGGAACUGGAGAAUGCUUUGUGUUUAGGUUGCAACCAGAGGUCCAACGCUAUGAAUGGGUGGUCAUCAAACACCCAGAGCUGACUAAGCCAGUGUCCUUGGAGGCCACUGCCACUCCAUCCCUCCUCUCCCAGUCAUCCUCGUCCUCAUCCUCAGACCCUGCUGACCGCCUCUCACCGUUCCUGGCCACCCGGCACUUCAACUUGCCCUCCAAGACUGAGUCCAUGUUCAUGGCUGGGGGCAAUGACUGCCUCAUCAUAGGUGGAGGGGGCGGCCAGGCUCUCUACAUCGACGGGGACCUGAACCGGGGCCGCACGGGCCACUGCGACACUUUCAACAACCAGCCCCUCUGCAGUGAGAACUUCCUCAUCGCUGCUGUGGAGGCCUGGGGCUUCCAGGACCCUGACAUCCAGUGACAGGCCUGUCCUGACGGUGACCGAGCUGCUGCUGUGGGAUGGGGUGGUGGGGCAGUGGCCGGGCCCUCUCUUCAGGGAGGAGUCAGUGAAUGAAGAUCUCACCACAUGCAUGGGCAGCGUUGGGAUACGGCCGGGGCUCUGAUACUGGGCUGGCAGGGGUGCCAGGGCCUCAGCUGGCCAGGCCUAUGCCUCCGGACCCUGCUAGGAUAUGCUUAGACUUGCCACUGCCUCCACCUUGGACUCACACCCUGGCUCUCUGUGGGCCAUGCUGUGCCCAAGGCUUGGGAGGGACUAUGUCCUGUAGGCCCUGUUCAUUUCUUCGUGGUGGGGACUGGACUGGAAAGGCCGCAGGAACCCUGCCAAGUGUGGGUUUAUAGCACCCCCUGCUGGCUUCUGUGCAGGGCCCUGCAGCCUCCUGCCUGGCCUGCUCCUCUGGCUCCCCAGUUGUGUGUUGGUGCUGAGAAGAGACAGGUGCCCUAGGGACUAUUUCUUGGCAGGAGCAUCUGCCUGGAGACUCUAACCCGGUUUUCUCCUUCCCAUGCUGGCCUCCAGGGGCUGCCUCUUGUAUGGUUAACUACAAGGUGAAAGAGGUUGGGAAAGGCAGGACCUGUGCUGAACUCUGGGCUCCUCCCAAGGGAGGGCCAAGGGCCAGUGGGAUGAAGGGCUAGAAAGGACAUCAUAUGUCCUUGUGUUUCUGCAGAGCCUGAAGCUUCUGCUGGGCCUCAUUGUGCUUUCACACCUGGAGAGGCCUCCCAGGAUGGCCGGAGGAGGGCCCUCUGACCUCAAACCAGCCAGCUCCAUUUCCAGGGGCCUGCCUGGAGAAGCCUGGACCAACAGAGCCUUCUCCAAACCUCCUCCUCUCCAGCCAGAGCCUCCUUAGCUCUCCUACAGUCUUUGUUGUGGCCCCAUUUCUCCCCCAUGUCACUGCGAUGUCCUGGUUCCCAGGAUCCCAUCCAGACUCCAGCCUGUUGUGUUUGGCUUAUCUAGUCCUACCCACCUCCACUUCAUUGGGGCUCACAAGUUCAUGUACUAGAUCUGCACCCUCCCCAGGUCCCUGCCCACUUGGCACCUUCAACACAAGCCCCUCUGCAUCCCUCUCACAGCACUGUGGUCAGCUAUAUAGCAUGAUUUUCUUGUGCUGCCAUCUCUCCCCUUCUUCCCUGUCCUCCCUGGCUUUACAGUGGACUCAUGCAUAGUAGGUGCCAAGUAAAGAUUAGGUGGGGAAAGCCCUCCUACCCUAUGACCCCCCUCAACUGGUCCUGAAGGCCUGGGCACCCUGGAGGGAAGAGAGGAAAAGCGGACACCCAAGUGGCUGUGCUGCGGCAGCCAGGACCAAGGGUUACUGUCCUUCAGCCAGCCCCCUCAGUGUUCCUGCAUACCACACCCUGCCCAACUGCACACUGGGCUUGCUCUUCCUGUGGAGUAUUUGUCCUCCUUCCAUCCACCUACUCAAAUCUCUUCAGACCACAGUGGGGCUGAAGAAAGGACCAGGAAACUUGCGUGGCUUUGGACCAGCUAGUGAACCUGUUUGGAACUCAGUUUUCCUCACUGUAAAAUGGGGCCAGUCAUCCCCCUCUGCUGUCCCCCAGGACUGUUGAAAGGCUGUGAAAGAAAAGGUGGUGGGUGGCGUAGUUUACCCACCAAAUAGCACUGCUUACCCACCACCUAAGAUCACUACAGCCGUCGCCACUCCCCCUUCCUCUGAGCCCCCGCAGCUCUCACCUGUAUUUUGGUGUUCAUUAAACAUGGUCUUAUUACAUA